UUUGACCGUCCGUCCUGCAGGAGGCGCUGUGACUCAGAGCGCUACUGUUCAAGGGCAGCUGCGCUUUGAUUGGAGGAAGUCGUUUAUACAUCAACAAAGAAAGAUGGCUGAAGUGAUAGAGCUCCAUAAGUUGAAGCUUGCUGAACUGAGGCAGGAGUGUGAAGCCCGAGGUUUGGAAACCAAGGGAAACAAAGGUGACCUCAUUGCUCGGCUGCAGGCGUAUCUGGAGGAACAUGAGGAAGAUGUGGAUGUUGAUGAUGUGUUGGAAGAGGAUCCAGAGGACUUAAUCAAAAAUGAGAGUGCCAAUGACAAAAAAGAUGAUCAGGAGGUGGAACCAACUGAAUGUGAAAUACCUACUGAAAAAAAUGUUGUGAAGAUAACUCCCGUGUCAUCUGUCAGUGACAGACUACAGAAGAGAGCUGAACGUUUUAACUUACCAGCAACAUCUGACAACAAAAAGGCCAUUCGUGCAGCACGGUUUGGCUUACCUGCUAAUGCUGCCAGCCCAUCUCCAGGCGUCGUUGCUAACAGUAAAGCUGCUGUGAAUGUCGAUCAGCUGAAGAAGAGAGCAGACAGAUUUGGCAUGAAUGUUUCAUCCAUUUCUAAAAAGAUUGAAGAGGAUGAAAAACUUAAGAAGAGGAAGGAGAGGUUUGGGAUCCUAACGGGUGCAGGUUCAACUGGUUCGGAUGAUGUUGAAAUAAAGAAAAUCAAGCGUGCUGAAAGAUUUGCAAAAGUUUAAAGCAGUGGUAGGAUUGCUCUAAAUCAAAAGUAUAGUUAAAUAAGUGAAGUUGGAUCAGUUUAAAUGGUUAAAAUGGUUUCUACUGAGCCUUAGUGCAGUGGAUUUUAUAAAACAAUCUUCAACCUGCCUGUUUCUUUUACUUUCUGUGAAACGAUUUCCAGUUGUGAAAAAAGGUUUUUACUUUUCUCAACGCUAUAGUUUUCUUUUUUGACCUUUUCAUUUGGAUAACUGAGGGCUUACCAUGAGAGCAUGGCCAUUAGUGCUGGUGCCUAUGUACUAUAGAAGUGCAGUGAAGUCUAUUUUUUAUUUUUCAGGACAAACUGUUCAUUGGGGGAAUUCUGCUUCCUUGGUUUAAAAUCCAAAUGAGCACAUUAAACACAAAAAGCACAGCAAAAACCUGCAGACUAACAAGCAAUGAUGCUUUUAUUUGUUCAAAGGGAGUAAUGAUGGUAUUGGGAAGAACUUCUCCUAGCCUAAGCAGGACAUCUAAACAUGUCAUUAUCCUAAACGCAUUUAAUAUGAUCCAGUGAAACAGGAAAAUAAAUGCAGAAAUAAACCAAAGCAGAGAUAAUAAUAUUCAUUAGGAUUCAUUCUUGUAUUUCUGGCAGAAUAUUGCAAUUAGACAUUUUCCAUUUAAUUGACCGAACUAACUUGUUUGUACUUGGUGUCUGUUAAAGUAUGCUCUUCUUGAUUGAUCAGGUAGCCUACAGUUUUUUUCUUUUGGGGAUUUGAUUAUACACUGUCUCAGUUACUUGUCCAUUUUAUAACAUUUUGUGAUUUCAAAUAAAUUGUUUACAAGUUUUGGAAA